AUGUUUGCAGCUCGUAUAACCAUCCCUUCUUCAGCCUCUCGUCCCUUCCUCCGACACCUUCGACGCAACAUGCGUCACGAAGCCGUCAUUGUUGCCGCGUCUCGCACGCCUGUCGGCUCUAUUAACGGUUCCUUGAAGGCCUUGACUGCGCCCCAGCUUGGCUCUAUCGCGCUCAAGCAUGCGUUCGAGAAGUCGGGUGUCAAGCCCGAGUCUGUUGAGGAGAUCUACUUCGGCAACGUCGUCCAGGCCGGUGUUGGCCAGUCACCAGCACGCCAGGUCGCCAUCGGCGCCGGCGUGCCCUCGCGCUCAGACGCGACCACUAUCAACAAGGUCUGCGCUUCCGGACUCAAGGCUGUCAUGCUCGCUGCGCAGAGCAUCGAGUCUGGCUACAAGAGCGUCGUCGUCGCGGGUGGUAUGGAGAGCAUGAGCAAUGCACCAUUCCUCAUCCCUCGCACGAACCCGGUCUACGGCAAGUUCACUGCUCUAGACUCGCUUGAGAACGAUGCGCUGUGGGACGUCUACAACAAGAUCGCGAUGGGUGUCUGCGGUGAAAGCGCGGCCGAGAAGCACGGCAUCACGCGCGAGGCUCAGGACGCCCACGCCAUCGAGUCCUACAAGCGUGCCGAGCGUGCGUGGAAGGCGGGACAGUUCAAGGAGGAGAUCGCACCCGUGGUGAUCAAGGGCAAGAAGGGCGACGUCGUCGUCGAGGAGGACGAGGAGUACAAGCGCGUCAUCUACGAGAAGGUUCCCACCCUCCAGCCCAGUUUCAAGAAGCCCAACGGCACCAUCACUCCCGCGAACUCGUCUAGCCUGAACGACGGCGCCUCUGCGCUCAUCCUCAUGUCGGCGGAGAAGGCACGCGAGCUUGGCAUCAAGCCUCUCGCGAAGGUUGUUUCGUACGCCGACGCUGGUGUCGAUCCCAUCGACUUCCCGGAGGCACCCACCUUUGCACUCCCCACAGCCCUUGAGCGCGCAGGCCUGAAGGUCGACGAUAUCGCGCACUUCGAGAUCAACGAGGCGUUCUCCGUUGUUGUCCGUAUUGCCGAGAAGAAGCUCGGUAUUGACCCCGCGAAGAUCAACCCUCAUGGUGGUGCGGUCGCCCUUGGUCACGCUGUCGGUAACUCCGGUUCGCGUAUCCUCGUCACCCUCGUCCACUCUCUGAAGUCUGGGGAGUAUGGUGCUGCCGGUAUCUGCAAUGGGGGUGGCGCUGCGUCUGCUUUGGUCCUUCAGAAGUUGUAA